AUGGGCGUAUCUUGUGACAUGUCCAAGCUCAUCCUGGCAGGCUCAUCCUCAGGAGCGACUAUCGCUGCCAUCCUCGCCCAGCGGUGCCGAGACGCAUCCAAGUCUGUGCUCGGAGUCUUCCUCAACGUCCCGGUGCUCUGCCACUACCUGCACUUCCGUUGGGAUACGGUGAUAUCCCCUUCUUCUGGCGCAGGUGCAGGUCCCCAAGUCUCUCCUCUUCAUGGGAUGAUGGCGGAACUUAGUCCACACUUGGUUUUUGUGGCUGGAAGGAAUAGCCCUCGCGAUGAGGGAAUGCUAUAUACAAAGAAAUUGGAGGAUAAUGGCGUUUCAGUGAAGCUACAUGUAUAUGCUGGUGUGCCGCACAACUUUGCACAUUACGAGGAGUUGGGCGCGACAGCUCAGUUUUGGCGGGACUUGAAACAAUGA